AUGACACCGUGUUUUGAUUAUCAUACAACUGAUAAUGUUAGUUAUUGUGCACUUGCUAGUCUUUGUUCAAUCUUAGAAUCUUGUAACAAUACGACGGGUACAUGUGAAUCAAAUAGAUCUGUAUGCGUUAGUAAUUCAUGUUGUACACCAAAUCAAGUAUGUUUACCAUUGUUGUGGACAAUGUUACGUUCGUCAUCAUCAAACACCGACAAUAUAACAACACAUGAUCAAGCACUGACAUUUCAACAACAGCAAUGA